AUGGUCGAUUGGCUCGAGCGAGUUUUGACAUCUGGUCGUGCACCCUAUCAGACCCGCGACUAUGCUGUAUAUCGCAACGUUCAUGAUUAUGGCGCCAAGGGAGAUGGUUUGAAUGACGAUACAAAUGCCAUCAAUUCGGCUAUAUCUGACGGACCACGAUGUGGCCCUCAAGCUGACAGCACCACUACAGCACCCGCUCUCGUUUAUUUCCCACCGGGCAUAUACAGGGUUUCAAAACCGAUCGUAUCUUUAUACCUGACCCAUUUGCUGGGAGAUGCCACUGAGCGCCCCUGUAUUAAGCCGUACGCCCAUUUCGAAGGUAUCGCCGUGAUUGACGAAAACCCUUAUGGAUUUAGCGGGAAGAAUUGGUACACUCCUCAGAACAACUUCUUCCGAUCUAUUUCAAAUUUUUGCAUCGACUUGAGCGAGAUGCCCCCGGAAUAUGGCACAGGUAUACACCACCAAGUGAGUCAAGCCACGGGGCUCUGUAACGUGCAUUUUGAAAUGAGGACAGAUCCUUCCACGCAACAACGGGGCAUUUUGAUGGAAAAUGCCAGCGGUGGAUGUAUGUCAGACCUCACCUUUUAUGGCGGUCGUUUUGGAGCAUGGAUGGGAAACCAGCAAUUCACCGUGCGCAACGUGCGCUUUUCUCAGUGCCAAACCGCUAUAUGUUUGCAUUGGAACUGGGCAUGGACAUUGAUGGAUGUACACAUCCACGACUGUCAUGUGGGUCUGGAGAUGGUAGGGAUGUUGCCAGAGAGGCAAGGUGUUGGAUCACUUAUCCUCUCCGACUGGUACAUCGCGCAUACCAAACAUGCUGUGCAGCUCGAAAGAGAGGGUACGGGCCGAUUGAUUUUAGAUCAUGUCCGUGUGUCCCACGUGCAGAGUAUUGUGCAUGGUCCAUAUCAAUCCCUCUUAUCCCCAAGGGACUCAAAUGACUUGGUAAAGUACUGGCUCAAGGCACCGGCUUCUUUGGUGACGGCACCGACAGCUUUGCGACGUCAGGAAACUCUGGAUGGCCCGAUAUAUGUUGGUGAUAUGACCCCCCCGGAGCGGCCAGCGUGCCUGGUAGAUGAGCAUGGGCGGUGGUUUGGUCGAGAGAAACCCUCGUAUGCAACGUGGUCUGAUGUCGUGAAUAUACAACAGUACGGUGUGAAGGGAGAUGGUAUGUCGGAUGACACAGCAGCGAUGCAGUCCUUACUUAACGAAAAUGUGGGUCGUGCUGUGUUCGUUCCUUAUGGCGUCUAUGUAUUGCAUGACACCUUGAAUAUACCUAUUGGGACAUUCCUCGUGGGAGAAGCCCAGCCCAUUUUUCUCGGUACGGGGCCAGCUUUCCAGGACGUGCAGAAUCCUCGUCCCGUGGUUCGCGUAGGCCGACCAGGCGACUCCGGCGAUCUGCUGUUGGCAGAUCUCGUAUUCAGCACCCGUGGGCACACACCGGGCGCCAUUGUGAUGGAAUGGAAUGUGCAUGAAAGAGCGCAAGGCUCCGUCGCCAUGUUUGAUGCUCAUAUUCGUAUUGGAGGGUUCUGUGGCUCGGAGCAAGAAUUAGCCCAAUGCCCGAAACAAGCUUCCUUGACAGACUUACCUCGUGCUGCAUUUCUCAGUCUCCAUUUGACCAAGUCAGCGAGUGGCUAUUUUCAAAACGUAUGGGUCUGGACCGCGGACCACGAAUUGGACCAAGGCACACCCGAGCAGCUGAAUGUUUUGACCGAUCGUGGCGUACUUAUCGAGUCGCAAGGUCCGGUUUGGAUGUACGGCACCGCUAGUGAGCAUGCACUUUUGUAUCAAUACUCGCUUCACCACGCGGCAAAUGUAUUACUGGCCAUGAUCCAAACGGAGUCGCCCUACUUUCAGGGUCACAACUUUGAGCCGGCAUCGAAAAGCGUCGUCUCACAUCCGAAGUAUCCUGAUCCAGACUGUGCAAAGAGGUACGCUCGAGGCCCGAACGUACCAGACUGGACUUAUGACACUGUGAUGGAAGACCGUGCCCUUGGGCUGCAUAUCUCUCAUGGUACGGAUAUUUUUGUCCUGGGAUCGGGUCAAUACUCCUUUUUUGAUUCAUACGGACAGCGAUCGCUUGCUGAUCAUGCAUGUCAGCGACGUCUUUGUGUACUUGAGCGGGAUUUGUCCAAUGUGUGGCUUAUGAAUCUGGCAUCUGUCGGUGCUCAAGUGAUAUUAAGCGUAGACGGAGCAGACUACGUGAUGGAACGUCCGCAUCGAGAAGGCUUCUGCAGUACGUUGGCUUUGUGUGCUAUAUCAGCAAAACAUAUCUAUGUGGUGUAA